AGCUUGUUUUUCUAUGCCACAGUGAGGGUUCGAGAGCUCCGGGAGACGCACUAAAACUUGAAGCAUACACAGUGUGAGGAGCCGUGCGCGCACACACACACACACACACGUGUGUACGUCGACUGCACACAGGUCUGCACCAUGACUAAGUCUGGCUACUACAGGGCUGUGCUGUUUCUGUCCAGUCUGUUGCAUGAAGCAGUCCAGCAGCUUCCCAUGCGCCGAUCUGAGCCGGUAGACUGUGUGUGGGUAGAAUGGUCAUCCUGGAGCCCCUGUGAUCCCUGCUCUAACACACAGACGCAGAUCCGCUCCAUGAAGGUCUACUCCCAGUUUGGUGGCCAACCGUGUUCUGGGAUGUCACUCCGGACACAGGCGUGUAGAAGUACUCAGGGCUGCCCCCUAGAGGACGGCUGUGGUGACCGCUUCCGCUGUCAGUCUGGACAGUGCAUUAGCUGGACUCUAGUGUGUAACGGUGAUCAGGACUGUGAGGAGGAUGGAUCAGACGAGCACCACUGCAAUAGUGAAGGAGUCUGUGACCUGCAGAAACCUCCGCCACAGAUAGAGCUCACCGGCCUGGGGUUUGACGCGGUGACAAAGCGGUUCCGUGGGACUGUCAUUAACACUAAAAGUUUUGGUGGACAGUGUCAGAAGACUUUCAGUGGAGACCAUCAAGACUUCUACAGACUGCCUCAGAGUGUCCUCACAUACACCUUCCAGGUAAAAUCAAAAAACGACUUUACAAGUGAGUUCUAUGAAAGUUCCUGGCACUACAUGAAGAAGAUUGAAAAUCGUGAAACAACACAAGGGACAACUUCAGGUCACAACCACUUCACAUCUAACGAGGACCUGAACACCAUGAAGUCUAAGCAGUUUGUGGAGAUUUCCAGCGAUGUCGAAGUGGCCCAAUUUCAGAACCAGCCCCCAGGGUACCUCCCACUCUCAGAAGCCUUCUGGAAGGUUCUCUCCUCCCUACCUGUGGUGUACAACUACGCUGCCUACCGCACCGUGCUAGAGAGGUUUGGGACACACUACCUGUCUGAGGGGACCCUGGGUGGGCGCUUCCAGGCGCUGCUGCACUUUAGCCAAGACAUGGAGAGUAGGAGCAAACAUGAGAUAUCAGAUUUUAAGGAGUGUGUCAAAGAAACCCACUCUGUCCUUUUCUUCAUCUCAUGGACCACUGAGAAAUGCAGAGUUUAUUACAACAGUGUAAAGAAAGAAGAGGCCAAUUACAAGCGUGUUGGUGAUCAGAGGUUAAUACAGGGCAGGGCCGUUGGUGGACAUGCUGCUUACAUCGCCAAGCUCAGUGCUCUGGACAUAAAUCAAGGGGCGGAGAACAUGAAGGACUUCACCAUGUGGGCGGGGUCAGUGAAGGACACGCCCAUUCCCAUCAGCCAGAAGAUGCGUCCCCUGUAUGAGCUGGUAAAGGAGGUGCCGUGUGCUGGGCUGAAGAAGGUCUGGCUCACACGAGCCUUGCAGACGUACUUAAGUGAGGAAGACUCCUGCCGCUGCACACCCUGCUACAACAACGGUCUGGCCGUGGUCAGGGACGGAGUGUGUGUGUGUGUGUGUAAGCCAGGAACAUCCGGCUCCGCCUGUGAAGAAGGAGCACCCCUAGAUGAGCAACCAGGGGUGAUCCACGGAGGUUGGACCUGCUGGUCAGCGUGGAGCUCUUGUUCAGCAGGCGUACGUAAUCGCACACGAUCCUGCAGUCGCCCUACUCCCCAGCACGGCAGAGGUUGCCUGGGUAAUGCCGUGCACACCACCCCCUGCGAGGAAGAAGAACUGGACUACCUACGUACCAUGGAGCCUCAUUGCUUUGAUGUGGGCGUUGUACCCAGUAAGAGCUGCCGGUCUCCCCCCCCGCUGCUCAACGGCCUUGUGCGGGACCCCAGAGAUGUUUACGCUGUGGGCAGUAAGAUUGAGUACUCGUGCAUUGUUGGCUACCAGUUGACGGGAGACCCUAUGGCUGAAUGCACAGAGGAGGAGACCUGGAAGAAACAUCCCAUGGAAUGCAAACGAACGGUCUGUGGCCUCCCGCACCUCCCUGCUGACGUCAGUGGCAGCCCGUGGAAGGUGAGCUACAAGAUCGGGGAGUCCGUCCGGCUCAGAUGCCCAACAGGGACCGAGAUGGAUGGCCCAGAAGAAAUUCUGUGCAACUCUGGCCUGUCCUGGUCACCUGAACCGAAACACACAAAAUGUGUUGCAGCUACCGAGCGUCCAGCUCUGGCCCAGUGUCAACCAUGGGAGCAGCAGGCCAAGGGCAACUGUGUCUGUAGAGUUCCGCACCAGUGCAGGCCAUCCCUCGACGUGUGCGCCACCAUUAAAGGACGAACCAGCAGACUGAGUGUAUGUAAAAUCCGCGCACUGCAUUGCCUGGGUCACCAGUACAGCGUAGCUGAGCACAGCGCCUGCAAGUGGCCGCCGCCCUCUGCUGCAGUCUGCCCCCGGUGCUCACUCUGGACCACGUGUGACGAGGAAACGCAGACCUGUCGGUGCUGGUCGCUGAAGGAGUGCUUGGCUCCAGACCGCUGGAUUCCUGUGUGUAUGCGCCUAAACGCAGAGAGCACCCCCACCACGGUCAGUGAGUGUGAGGUGGCGGUGCGUCAGUGCCAAGGAGAGACGCCCAAUGUCGUGAGCCUGCAGGCCUGUGAUGCCUGAGCUCACCGCGUUACUGUCAAACACGUCGCCACCGUCUCACCGUACAGAACGCUGGCCCUUAUCUCACUUUAUCCUUCUUCUGUAGCAUCAACAGGAAAAUGUUGCAAUUUUUUUCUUCUUCUGUUUGUCUUUUUUUCAGUUUAGCUCUUUUCAUUGCUGGAGAUCAAAGGUAAACACAUCAAUUUGCUCGUUUACUGAAAUAAUUGAAUGAUUCAUUGAUUGUUUUCAAAUCAGAAAACACGUAUGUAAUGUUUAGAAAAUGGAUAUAUUUUGUCAACUUGUUGAAAAGACUCAAAUGUCUGGGACACGGUUGAAGCACAAAGCUGAUGCAGAAACAACGUCCACAGUUCAGUUCAGAUACAGGACACGCCUGCCUGAUCAGCAGACAGACAGGCCUGUCUCACUAGUGCCAGUAAACGCCUGCUUGAGGCUGGAACAGGUGCAGAUGACCAACCACCACCAGCUCAGGCAUAUUAAUAUACAAACAUAUAUAGAGACUUGUUAAAAACCACUGCUUUAAGUCAGAAACCAGUGGGUGUUACUGGUUCAAAACGAAAACAGAACCCUGCUGGUUAUGUAGUGGAGAUGAGCUGGUCAGUGUCGGGACUGACAGGCACCAGGCUCAGACUGUGGCCCUGUUGGCCACUAGGGGGAGUCAAAACACCUUAUGAUCUGAAGGCGGCAAUUCAACUCAAUAAACUAUCAGGCUAUUUUUAAACAUUAAACAUCCACUAAGCCCUAAACAUAUUCUAAGCAGUAUUGGUUCAUUGUUUCUUUGUUUCAUUGUUUUCAUUGACUGUAUUCCACUAGUGUGUAAAUAACUUCAUUACAUUUGUGACCCAAUGUAUAAUUUUUAAAAAUUUAAUUAUGGCCUCUACCAAAAUCAAAUCCAUUCUGUGCCAAAUUUGACAUUUCAUGAUGCAUUAUUAUAAUCUGUAAGCAUAUUAAAAUACA